UAGAUAACAGGUAAGGUAAUCCAACAAGAACCAGCCACGCAUCACGCGUACCGCGACCUUUACCACCAACGCCUCCUCACAACUGAAGAUGGCGAAAAUCCCCAGCUCCGCCGCUGGCGCGGCCACCGUUUCGUCUCUGUCGGAAGAAACAUCAUCUGUUUCGACAGAAACAAUAAUCUCCAAUGACUUGCCUCCAGGUUCUGCGGAGGAGAUCAUGGAGCUUUUCGACCACAGCGGGGUCUCUAGCUUUCUCCCUGAAAACUACAAUUGCAAAAACUUCUUUUCUGAUCUCAUUCGCCCUCUCCUCAAGGCUGACCUUGUCCAACGGGGCCGCGUUACCUGCAUCUUUUCUGUCCUACCUGCCGUUACUAAUUAUUUUAAAGGACUUCACGGUGGGGCUGUGGCAUCUAUAGCUGAGAGAGUGGCGAUUGCUUGUGCUAGAACUGUCGUGGCAGAAGAUAAACAUCUCUUCCUUGGUGAACUGAGCAUAUCUUAUCUCUCUGCCGCACUACAAAAUGAAGUUGUGUUAGUUGAUGGGUCUAUAGUGAGGAGCGGAAGAAAUUUAUCUGUAGUUGCCAUGGAGUUCAAAAUCAAGAAAACUAGGAAGCUGGUCUACACUGCCCGUGCUACUUUCUAUCACAUGCCUGUUGCCAAGCUAUGAAUUUACUGUGGCAUAUCAUCUGGUUCGUAAUUACAUCCUGUGGCUGUUUUGCCUAUAAUAAAUGCACGAUCUUUUUCAUUACUUCAGUAAAGAUAAAUUACUUAUUGCGAUAUCUUGCUGAUUCGUGCUCGUUUAACCCCAAGAAAUGACGUUAUAUUCUUUUCAAACUUUUAAUUCAUAAUGCUGAAGAGUAUUUCUCACUGGAAGGUUGACUGCUGGAAAAGGGUUAUAAACUUUUAAUUCUUGCCAAGCUAGGAAAAUUCAUGUUUCAUCUAUCACUUUAGAACUUUUUUUUCAUAGAAAUAUCAAUGAUGGUCAUUUCAUUUAUUACUGGUAGAUCAUUUUCUUGUACAGUGUAUGGGAAAAAAAAAAAAAACUGAUCCUAUAUACGAGGAGAUAAAUUAUCAAUUGCCUUAUGAUUGUGAUUUUAGAGGUUCUCCCAAAUGUUUGCUGUAGAUAAUUCCACCAUUCAUGGUCUCAUUCCUGAUGAACUGUGUAUUUUGUAAUCCUUGGGGAAGAAGGAGGAAAGGAAAAAAUAAAACUUGUGCAACCAUGGGAUGGAGCCUCUUGUGAUGCAAACUUACUACAUUAUCAUGUGUCCACUUCAAAGCUCAACACCUAGUAUUGUUGCAUUCUAGUUUUCUGUAAUGUUGUUUAUGUAGGCUCUUGAUUUUGUCAACAGUCUGCUGGAUUGAUCAUAAUAGUCCAUCUUUAUCUCAAUAUUUGAUAGAAAACUCAUGGAUCAUUACGUAGGUUCGAAUGAUAAGGCAAUUGUUUACUAGCAUUUUUAGGCAUGUUUCAUUUGUCCAAAUUAUUAAGUAUGGGCUAACUGGCUAAGCUGUAAAGACAUGCCCUUGCCCCUUGGGAUGGUACUUAGUGGUCAAGAAGUUAGAUUGGGGUCGGGAUGGAUAUUACAUACUAGGUCUGAAUGUUACUGUUGAAAAAAGAAAAACCAAAAACAGAAUAGAAGAGCCGCUAUAGACAAAACUGAAGUUAGAGUUCCUUCUAUUCAGUUUACAAGAAAUAGUCAUGCUUCAGAACUUACAUUUGAUUGCAUCUUAUAUUUUCUUGAUUUCUGUGUCACCAUUAUCAGUUUGUUUGGAAUUGUUCUUUCUUACAUGGAGAGUUGGCCCUGAAGAGAAAUUAACUGUCAUUUCUUUGCAUUGUUCAACUUCAGAUUCAAGAAGACUCUGAAAUAUUUCACUCAACCAGAUAUGGCUGCAAAUUUGUGAAGUAUUUUUGGGGAAUAAUUCAAUUAUGAAAAAUCAUUUUGUUAUACAGAGAUGUCAUUUUUUGAGCAAAUUUCACACAAAUAAAAGCCAAUCUAUGUUAGCAUAUUCUUGUCACUCGAUACUUGUGUACUAAGUGUUAUCUCUUCGUUAUCUGUGUCAUGUGCUGGAUAUUGCGUACUCAAAAGGGCAAGUUCCUGGCCUAGCAAAAUUUUGCUUGUAAUUUGACCAAAUUGUCUUCCCGGAGUUAUAUUGGGUUCACAGAUUCAGAUUCUUGAGCAACCUGUCCUUGAAACUUUAAAUUAUAUUUUUGUAUGUAACCGAUCAAGAAAUUUGAUAAUUUACUGUCCUUGCAUUUGAGUAUUUUAAUUUUACAUAA